ACAAAAAUUGUAAGCUUUAAGUUCAAACAAAUACUACAUUCUAGGGUUUAGGGUUAUAUAUACUUGAACUUAUCAGAAACAAACAAGUUUCUAGACUUCAAACUCCAAAGGAACAACCGAAGUACCAUCUCCGUAUUGCCGUUUUUAAGGAAGAGAGAUCAGGGUUUUAGCAACAAUGUAUCUUCAGUGUUACAUAAAUGACAAUGGUGACAAAGUUUACACUACCAAGAAGGAAUCACCACUGGGUUCGGCAACAGAGUCAGCUCACCCAGCACGCUUUUCACCCGAUGAUAAGUUCUCAGACCAUAGGGUGCGUCUGAAGAAGCGAUUUGGUCUUUUGCCAACUCAGCAGCCACCUCGGAAGUACUGAGAUAGUGAACACUUCAUCUCUUGGAGAAUGUUCAAAAUGCUAUCUAUAGUUGUGCUUUCUUUCUUCCUUGCUAUAUUUUUGUUCAUUGAUGGCUUGCAUGAUAGUUAUGUAAUGAUGCAAGUAUUAGUAAUGUUUAAGUGACAGGAAAUAGACUCUUGGAAUUGUAUUUUACCAUUCCUUGUUUUUGGGAUGAUUCUUAUGCUACAUUUUCAGAAUUUUGUGCAUUUUAUGCUCCAUGUUAAUUUUUCAGAACUGUUAAUUAUGAUGAAGAUUAUACUGCUGAAAAGGAAAUCAAAGUUUUAAAGAUUUGUCUAGAACUUAUGAUUUCCAUUUUCAACUGUUGUGGA